AUGUCGCUUUUGAAGCUUCCCGGGAGCACCACGGCCUGGACCUCGCCCGGGAUGGAGGACCCUGUGGUUCUCAGCUACAUGGAUAGUUUGCUGCGGCAGUCAGAUGUUGCCUUGCUGGACCCCCCGUGCUGGCUCAACGACCGUAUCAUCGGCUUCGCCUUCGAGUACUUCGCCAACCAGGAGUUCAGAGCCUUCCGGGAUGAGCUCUGCUUCGUCAGCCCCGAGGUGGCGCAGUUCAUUAAGUGCGCCGAGAGCCGGGAAGAGGUCGGUGCCUUCCUGCAGCCGCUGGACCUGCGCAGCAAGAACCUGGUCUUCUUUCCCAUCAACGACAACUCCAACCAGCUGGCUGGAGGCACCCACUGGAGCUUGCUGGUUUACUACAGGGACAAAGAGUGCUUCGGGCACUACGACUCCCGCGGCACCUACAACGCCGUCCACGCCAAGCAGGUGGUGGAGAUGGUGGAGUUCUUCGUGAGCUCCAGAGCUGGCAAAACAAUCCUGGUGGAGGAGAUGACCCCUACCCAGAGGAACAGCUACGACUGCGGCAUGUACGUCAUCUGCUGCGCCGAGGCCAUCUGCCAGCUCUACUAUGAGGACAGGACCAAGCCUUGGAUGCAGCUCCUCACCCCCUCCUACAUCACGCAGAAGAGAGCGGAGUGGAAAGCUCUCAUCGCUAAACUGGCACAGAAGUGA